AUGGUACAAGUUACGAAACCUAAACUAUAUUCUCUAAAUAGGUCUAAAAAUUUAAUUAUAAAAUUAUAUUUAGUUGAGCGAGGGUGUGGAGAUAAAACUUCAUGGACUGAGAAAAAUGUCCAAGUUGCCAAAUGUCAAAAUAAACACCUUUGUAAUACAAAAGAAUUUUUUGAAAGCAAACUUUUUUGUCUGACGGUGAAUAUAGGAAAAAUAACGAAUGAAAUAUCAAAGAUGAGUGAACCGUGUGGUGAAGAUCAUAAAGCAUGUUAUCAUCAACGCAGCGAAGUCUUAUAUCUAGGAUGUGGGAAAUGCAAUGACAAAUACUGUACAAAUUGCAAGACAAAUUUUUGUAACGUGGAAGAAAAGGGUUACAAAAAGUGUUAUACAAAUACUAAAAAUAUGUGUUAUGCAAAACCUGAUGAAACUUGCUUUAUGGAGAGAACGAAAAAUAAUAAAGUCAACAAGGGUUGUGGGAAUUGUCCUACUAAAACAUGUAUUACUUGCAAUAAACACGAAUGCAAUGAUGGAAAGAAUUUGCCUUAUUAUUGUUUGGAUUACGAUGGAAAAAGUCCGAUUGAAUGUAAAAAAUCGGAUUGCUAUAUAGAUAAAUGUAGGUUGAUUUUGGGGUUGGAAAGUGACAUAGCUAUGGAUUCUCAAAUUACAUACAAAAAUCUCUUCAUUGAUUUUAAAACUGGUUGCGGAACUUGUGAUGAAAACAAAAUUAAUGUUUCUUGUGUUAAUUGUAGAGAUUUUAAAUGCAAUUCUCGAAUUAAACUGGAAGAAACUGUAUUUUGUUAUGAAAGAGAAGAAAAUGGGAAGGAGAAUGAAGGGAGAAGGCCUUGUGAAGGGAAAAUUUGUUAUAUUUCUGUGGACCUUUUUAAAGGUGAAUCUGAAGAAGCAGCGUUAAAAAACUACACUCGACAAGGCUGUGGCAAUUGCCCUUCAAAUACAUCCAUUCCGUGCCAAACAUGCAACACUACACUAUGUAACUCAGAGAAACAUUUCAAUGAAAGUGUUUAUUGUUUGGUAAAGGAAAACAUUACAGAGCCAAAUUCCAUAAAAUACUGUAAAGAAGGGGAAUGUUAUACAAGUCGAAACAAAAAUGGAACAUUGGAACAAGGGUGUGGAAAAUGUAAAGAAAAUGAUUGUAGAAAUUGCAAACAGAAAUUUUGUAAUACUAAAGAGAUUGGGGUUAAGCAUUGUUGGACUAAUAAUGGGUCGACCUGUUCAACAGGAUAUUAUGAUAAUUGUUUUACUGAGAGAACUGAGACAAAUGAAUUAAACAAGGGGUGUGGGAAUUGUACUUCUGCAACAUGCAAAACAUGUACUGGCCAUCGUUGUAAUGAUGGAACAAUUUUCCCCUAUUAUUGUUUAAAUUCUGAUGGAACGAGCUUGUUGGAAUGUCCAUCUCCUAACUGUUAUAUUGAUAAUAAUUUAAAUGCUGGUUGUGGGACUUGUGAUGGAAAUAAAAUAGACAUAUCUUGUGUAGAUUGUAGCGACUUCAAAUGCAAUUCUAGAAAUAAAUUAAAUGAGACUGUAUUUUGUUAUGAAAAAGAAGAAAAUGGAAAGGAGAAAGAAGGGAGAAAGCCCUGUACCGAGAAGAAGUGUUUCAUCUCGGCCGAUAUAACUAAAGGAGAAUCUGAGGGAGAUUUGAAAAAAUAUGCUCGACAAGGCUGUGGCAAAUGCCCUUCUCCAGCUAUUCCAUGCCAAACGUGCAAUUCUUCGCUUUGUAACAACGAAACAUUGUUUAAGGACAGUCAUUAUUGUUGGGCUGAAAAUAAUACAACCAUUCCAUGCAAAAUUUCUGAAUACGGAGAUGUUUGCUACUAUGCUGUCAUCAAUGACAGUAAAGGUAUAAAACGGAUUUAUCGUUGUAAUGAAUGA